UAUAUAAACUAUGAGCGAGCUUCUUACUUCAUUAGAUGGUGAAGCAUUGCAUAAAUAUGUUUGCCAAGGUUGUUCUUCUCGGUGUUCUCGCAUUCUUAGCGUCUGUAGCCUACGCUCUACCGCCACCGGUUGAUGAGGAAAAACCUUUUGAUUGUCCCGAAAAUGAGAAAUAUUACAAAUGCAGCCCGCAGGUGUGCUGGAAGACAUGCGAUCACCUCGUUAAUCCGCCACCCUGUCCGCAACUAGCAGCGAACUGUUACCAGCCCGAUUGCGAAUGUAUUGACAAUUAUUUACGCGAUGGAGAGGGAAAAUGCAUACCUGAAUAUGAUUGCCCGAAACAGCCAUUUAUCCCAUUAUAAAUCUACGUGACGGGAGAUCUAACAUAAAGGACAACUUCAUAUACACAGUAUAUGAAGUACACAGUAAUUAUAAAUACAAUCUAUAAAUAGUUUAAUUAUUGUCAACUCUGUUGAGAUCAACCAUGAAUAACUCGUAGCUAUAUCAUCGAUGUAUAAUUUAUUAACCUCGGAACAAGGCGCAAUUAUAAUUAAAAUUGAAAUGCUAA